CACUUCCAUUGAACUUUUCUGAAGAAAUGUGAAGAGAAAUACGUUUAUCCUGAAUUUGAUCAGUAAAAUGUUUAUAGUAUUCUCAGAAAUAUUAAACCAGUGUCAGUAGGUAUAAUAUCGUUUGAUUUCUACAUCGUUAGAAGAAGUUUAAAAUUUCCCCAAGAUGGGGAUCACUGGAUUGAUACCAUUCUUGGAGAAAGCUUCCAGCAAAUGUCACCUCCGAGAUCUCAGGGGUCAAUGCGUUGCAAUCGAUAGCUACUGUUGGUUGCACAAGGGUGCCUUUAGCUGUGCGGACAAACUGGUUCGGGGUGAACCUACCGACUUGCACAUUCAGUAUUGCCUAAAAUACGUGAACGUUCUACUAUCGCACGAUAUCAAACCGAUCCUGGUGUUUGAUGGAAGACAUUUGCCAGCUAAGGCUAUGACAGAGGCCAAAAGACGAGAAUCAAGGGACAGCUCUCGCAAAAGAGCUGCCGAAUUACUGAGAGAAGGAAGAACUGAAGAGGCCAGAAGUUUCCUAAGGCGUUGCGUGGAUAUAACGCACGAGAUGGCAUUGCAGCUAAUCCAGGAAUGCCGCAAACGCAAUGUGGAUUGUGUAGUGGCCCCGUAUGAGGCUGAUGCUCAGCUGGCCUAUCUGAACAAAAAAGGGAUUGCUCAGACUGUAAUAACGGAGGAUUCUGAUCUCAUGUUGUUUGGAUGCAGUCAAGUUUUGUUCAAAUUGGAUUUGACCGGAACAGGUUUGCUUAUCCGUUCGGAUAAACUUCAUUUGGCCAUGGGAUGUAAGGAACAGAAAUAUACAUUCGACAAAUUUCGGUAUAUGUGUAUUUUAUCUGGCUGUGACUAUUUAGAUUCGCUUCCUGGAAUUGGAUUAGCUAAAGCUCGAAAAUUUGUACUUACAACAGAGGAAACAGAUAUCAAACGGGCUUUGGCCAAAAUUCCAGCAUAUCUCAAUAUGCGGAAUCUUGUCGUUUCAGAGGAAUAUAAGAUCGAAUUUUUGAAAGCAGAUGCAACUUUCAAACACAUGAUCGUCUACGACCCGACCGAACGAAAACAGACUCGUCUCAACGAUCCCGAAGAGCUGGGAACCGAUUUGGAAUACUGCAGUAAUGCAGGUUCUUUCAUCGAUGAGGAAAUGGCAAUGGACCUGGCUUUGGGAAACGUAAAUCCUUUCUCGCUAAAGAAACUCGACAAUUGGCACCCCGACAAUCAAAGUUGUCGACCAACCGGAGGACAAACGAGCAGUUGGAAUCAAUCCGCAAUCACUAAACACCCGAGCAUAUGGAAACCAAAUUACCAACAAAAGCAUAGAUCUCAGGUGAAACCGGACGUACGUGAAGAUCUUGCUAUUAGAAAUAUUUUUACUUUACAAGAACCCAAGCGACCGGCUCCUAAUCCCGAAUUUGAAACGACUGAGCGAGAUGAAUCGAUAGACGACGUGCUCCAAGCUUAUGGUAUAAAACAAACGGAUCAGCCACCGUUGAAAAAACUGUGUCUUACGCUUGCUAAUCAGGGGCAGCAGCAGCUAAGUUCAAUCAAUUCAGUCGAUUUCCAAUUACUUAACGAUAUGGAAUGCUUAGAGAGAAGCCCAUUGAAAUCCCAAUCACGUAGAAAUCCUUUUCAGAUUACUUCCACCAGCAUCAGCUCGAAUGGCAAUCGUCGAACUACCGGAGAAAGGAAUGCACUGCUUUCUCCAACUAAGCUUACUUCUGACAAUACCUCGCUUCUUAAUAACGUAAGUCCCGUUAAGAGGAAUGAAUUCAACUCGAGUAAACCGUUGCAAACUACACAGACUACCAAUUUGGGAGGUUCUGGCAAAUUUGAUAAAUUGAGUCGCUUCAAACGGACAAUAGUUUCAAAAGACGGUCAAAAAGUUAUAAGUCGCUUUUUCAGUUCAUCUUCAUCUCAUUCUGCUAACAAAUCACUAGAUGACGCCGUUUCUUCUACAGAAGCAAUCGAUAACAAAGCAUUGGAUUCUACCAAACUCAAUGAAAGCAACGACCCAGACGCCACCACUGUAUACUUGUUGUCACCAGAGGCGAAACUGCAUCACAGAGGUGAUAAAACACCUAAAAAGCAAUUAUUCCACCACAACCCGCAACAAAACGACGAAGUUUGUUCACCUCCGCCUCCGAGCAAAAAAGAAAGUGCCGUUGAGCCGGUGGACAGCGGAUUUGUUGAUGAACCAGAAGGCGGUUUCAGUUCAUCACAGAAAGAAAACGAAACGACGAAUUUAGAGAACGGCACGGAAUCAAAUAAAAAAAGCAAAUCCUCCCGAUUACAGUUGUUUGCAAGAAAAGAAUCGUCGCAGUUAGGGACAAAGUCCCUGGAUUUGACAGACAACUUUGAAACACAAGGACACAAAGAAACUAGUCCUGUGGGGUCAUCAACUACUUCUUUACAAGAUGAUGUUAUCGAGAUUGAUGAAGAUAGUAUGCCGGACAACGGAACGGGGAAAAAUAUCGAAAGUGAAUUUACUCGUCAGGGUCACUCGAGAGAACAACCACUGCUCAAAGCCACUGCCACUCAACCACAACAGAAGCUACCGAAAUGUACCGCCUCCGCCUCCUGUCGACGGCUGGGUUUGUCGAAAAAUAAGAAAUCCGCCGAUAUUGGUCCAACGCAAAGCAAACUGUCGAUGUUUGGAUUCCAGAAAAAGAUGCAACUCAAGUGAUACUACUUAGGCAUUCCAUUAUCAUGUGUUGCAUUUUUUUUGUUGAUAUUAAAAGGAGUAAGCUGAAAUUUUUGAAUAAAACUAUGAAGUCUAGAAAAUUGUGUUGCAUCAAUUAAA